CACACGCAGAUCGUGUUAGACCGAGUGGCCAUGAACAGCGACGACGACGACGACGAGGUCGAGCUCCAGCCGCGCGCGCCGCCCAUGCAGUGGCCCGCGCCCAAGCGCCCGUCGAGACAACAGCCGCCCGUGCGUCUCGACCAUGCCUUCCUGAACCCGAAUAAGGCCGUGCAGAUGGCCCACAGCACGGCGCCGGCACCGGUCGUCGCCACUGCCAUGCACUCGACGCGACGCCUCGAAGCACAGAUCCUUAGCGUGCAAGCACAGCGCUGGGAUGAGAGGGCCAUCGAGCUGAACGACGACGAGCGGAGAGAGCUCGUGGCGCAGGCCGCGCCGGCCAAGGGUCCCUGGCGCUACGACUACGAUGCCCUCGUCGACGUCGACGCGCCACCGCCCGUCAAGCCACGAAAAGUCAAGAAACAAAUCGACGACAAGUGGAAACAGUCGUUGGCUGUAGUGCCACCUCGCGAGCUGCCGGCCAACAUUGACUUUCAGAUUGAGGAUCGCAUUCGAGCAUCGGCGAUGCACAGCUUUGGCGCACCGUUUGAUGCGCAGCGACACAUGUCGGAGGCCCCGUCAACCUCAGCGCCGCUCAACCUUUUCCUUGGCUUCAAUGUACAUUGAACGUUAACUCCACCGACAAAGUAGAGUCCUUGCUUCAACACCAACUACACCACUAGUGUUCACCCAAACAUGCAUAACAAAUAUAUUCAACCUAAUGA